AUGUCCAAGUUAAAUGGAGAUAUUCUUUAUUUGAUAUUCAAAGAAUUGGAAGAUGAUAAAAUGACUUUAAUUUCAUGUCUUUCAGUCAAUAAAAUUUGGUGUGAAAUAAUUAUUCCAAUUUUUUGGAAUGAUCCUUGGAAAUAUUUAAGUAGAGGAAGAGAAAAAUUAUUAUUAGAAGUAAUAAUUUCACAUUUAUCAGAUGAAUCAAGAGAUAAUUUAAGUAAAUAUUUGAUAAAAUCAUUUAAAAAACCUUUAUUUAACUAUAUAAGUUUUUGUAAAAUUUUAAAUUUAAUUGAAAUAGAAAAGAUCAUUUAUAUUUCAAUAGAUUAUAAUUUUUUAUUAGAUAUUUCUUUACUUAAAGAAGAAAUAUUUAAUCUUUUUAUUAAUAACAAAGCAAAAUUUACACAUCUUUAUAUGCCUUAUGGAUUUAAUUAUCAAAUACAUCUUAUUCCUGGAGCUAAAGAAAGUUUUUCAGAAAUUGAAUUCCUUAAUUUUAAUGCUGGUAUAGAUGAGAAAAUUUUGAUUGGAUUAUCAGAAAUAUGUAAAUCGAUUAAAAAAUUGGAUUUUUUCAUCCAAUUUUUUGUCAAAACAAAUAAUAAUGAUGGAAUUAUUAGGUUAAUUGAUUCACAAAAAAAAUUAAAUCAAGUAUACUUUGAAUUAGAUUAUGAUAAUGUUGAUGAAUCAUUUUGUAAAAAUCUUGAAAAUUCAUUAAUUAAACAUGGAAAGACUAUAGAAUAUAUUAAGAUAGUAGAUCAACCAAUCACAAAUAUUCUUUCAUAUUUUGAAAAUUUAAAAAUUUUAGAAGUGAUUGGUAUAAAUUACAACGCAUUAUGGGAUGAAUUAGCAACUGUAUCUUUACCCUUUUUACAACUUUUGAACGUUAAAAAUGUUCCAAUCAACGUUUUAACAAGUUUAAUUGAAAAAACGAAAGGAUAUCUUAAUGAAAUAAAAAUAGGUUAUAUAGAUCAUGAUGAAAUUGAUAACAAAAGACUCAUUCGAGCUAUUUAUCAAAAUUGUCCUAAUCUUAAAUAUCUUAAACUGUUAAUUAAGGAUAGUAAUAUUUGGGAAUUGGAAAAAUUAUUAAUUAAUUGUAAAUAUUUAGACGGAUUAUUUAUUAUGACUGAAGAUCAUAUUGAUUGGGUUGAAUUAUUCAAAAUAUUAACUAGGUCAUCACCUACUAGUUUGUUUAAGUUUAAAUUUUAUUUUUCCGUGGCUCCUCGUCCGGAAUUUUUAAAAUUAUUUUUUGAUAAUUGGAAAAGUAGACAUUCAAUGUUAUUAUAUACCAUUCCAGAAGGUGAAUAUGUAACUGUAGAUAUAGACUAUUGUGAUAUGAUCGAAAAAUAUAAAGCGGAGGGAGUAAUUAAAGUAUAUCAUAAUAGUAUAUUUGGAGUUUAUUUUGAAGAUUUUGAAUGGAUUAGAAAAAAAAAUUCAAAUUAA